UGUAUUCACACCACGUCUUAUAUAUCUUCCCGACCUUUCCAUCUCCUGGGAACUUAACCUAAAAAUUUCAAAGUGGAUCGGGUGCUUUUCAGGAUGCACUUGCUUCUCGAACAUUAACAUUACCAUUUCUUCUUCAAAAAAUCAUCGAGUUUAGGCUAGUGCAUAUAAUAUUAAGUCAAAAUGGGGAACCAACUGGUAGGAAUCGCCCCGAGUCAAAUAUUCCCGGUGGAGCAUUAUUUGACAGAUCACAGCGAUUUGGUUUUUGACAUCAGUUUGGGAAGCACAAGAUUUUUUAAAGUGGCUCGAGCUCGUAGAGAAGAGGGUUCAAUAGUCGUGAAAGUGUUUGCCAUUCAUGAUCCAACUUUACCUUUGUCUACUUAUAAAGAUAAAUUAGAGGAAAUUAGAUCGAAACUAGCAUCCGCAGUUAAUUGCUUACCCUUUCAACGAAUGAUCCUCACAGAAAAGGCUGGCUUUAUAAUGCGAGAGUACGUCAAGUAUUCUCUCUAUGACCGUAUCAGUACCAGACCAUUUUUAUCGAGUAUAGAAAAAAAGUGGAUUACUUUCCAAGUUCUUUAUGCACUUCAUCAAGCCCACAAGUUCGGAGUUUGUCACGGUGACAUCAAACUCGAAAACAUUAUGAUAACAAGUUGGAAUUGGGUUUUAUUAACUGACUUUGCGAGUUUCAAACCAACGUAUUUACCAGAAGAUAAUCCGGCUGACUUCUCUUACUUUUUCGAUACAUCCAGGAGAAGAACCUGUUAUAUUGCUCCUGAAAGAUUCGUGAAAACACUUUCUUCGGAAGUGAGCAACACUACACUUUUAUUACAGGAACAGGAACUCAAGACAGGCGAUCUCAAUCCAAUGAUGGAUAUUUUUUCUGCAGGCUGUGCUUUAACAGAACUUUACAAUGAAGGACAUCCUCCCUUCGAUUUUUCUCAGCUUCUAGCAUAUCGGAGCGGAGAAUAUUCUGCGAGUAAGCACCUCGAUAAAAUCGAAGACGAAGGGAUCCGAGAAAUCUUAAUUUCCAUGUUGGAGAAAAAUCCAGCAAAUAGAAAAAGUGCAGAGAUUUAUCUUUCUCAGGCCCGAGGAAAAGUCUUUCCUGAAUAUUUUUACAAUUUUCUGCAAUCCUACAUGUUGAUUUUCUCAGCUGCUCCGAUUCUUUCCCCCGACGAGAAGAUUAUUAGACUUAAAACUGACAUCGCGAAUAUCAUAAACAUCCUGAAAACCGAAGAAGACGAGAGAAAAACGGGUGAAAUGGAAAAAUCCGAGAAUAUCAAAAUUGAAGUGAAUAAUGAAUCUGGAAAGGAUGAUUCGGGACACAGUGAAGAAAAUACUAUGGUCGAUAUCGAUAGCGAUCAGAGUUCGGAUAAAAUUGACGUAGACAAUAAAGACUCCAAAUUACCCCUUGACGCGAAAAUAGAAAGCCAGAGAAGCCUCGAUGAUCCAAAUAGUUUGAGCGACGAUCACCAGAAAGAAAAGGGAGAUAGCGAGAAAAUCAAAGAAUGUUUCAAAUCUUUUGAAAAUUUGGAAGGAUUGGUCAUCAUUACACAACUUGUAACUUCCUGUAUUAGAGGUUUGAAUCAUUCACAAUCGAAACUUCAGAGUUUAGAAGUAUUGCUCGAGCUUGCAGAAAAUACUUCUGAUGAGACAAUUUUGGAUCGAAUUCUACCUUAUAUUUUUCAACUGGUUCACGAUCCAGCACCACGAGUUCGAGUUUCAGCAAUUCACACAUUAACAAAGUGUUUAUAUCUCGUGAAAUCAAUUCCACCCUCAGAUGUUAACAUAUUUCCUGAGUACAUUUUACCUGGUUUGGCUCAUGUAACACAGGACGAGGCAGUCAUAGUGAGGGCAGCUUAUGCUGAAAAUAUUGCUCAUCUAGCGCAUAUUGCCCUUCGUUAUCUAGAAAAUUCCCAUGUUUCGAAUUUGGGGAACAAGGAAGGUCCCAGACCGAGUUAUGAUAGCGAGCUUCAAACUUUACACGAAAUGGUUCAACAGUCUGUCUCAACGUUAUUAACGGACCCACAAAACUUAGUAAAACAAACUCUGAUGGAGAACGGCAUCAACAAAUUGUGUGUCUUUUUCGGCAAACAAAAAGCCAACGACGUUUUACUCAGUCAUGUAAUCACGUUUUUGAACGACAAAGAGGAUAAACAAUUAAGAGGAUCAUUUUUCGAAUGCAUUGUGGGAGUUGCGGCCUACGUUGGUUGGCACAGCAGUCCAAUAUUAAUGCCUCUUCUUCAGCAAGGUUUGACUGAUCCGGAGGAAUUCGUCACGACGAAAGCUAUUAAUGCAAUGGCUACUCUCACAGAAUUGGGACUUCUUCACAAAUCUGCACUCUAUCCUCUUCUGUCGGAAACUGUAGUCUACUUGGUACAUCCCAAUCUCUGGGUAAGACAUGCUACAGUAGGAUUUAUUUCUGCUGCAGCAAGAACCCUAAAUGUUGUUGAUGUCCAGUGCAAGGUUCAAACAAUGAUACAAUCAUACCUGAAACACCCGCUCAUACAAAUAGAAAAAGAAAUUUUACUCUUGGAAGCUUUGGUGCCUCCUAUUCCUCGAGUCGUCUAUGAUUCCGUGAUAAAAUACAACGACGUAGAAGAAUUGUUCAGAGUCUUUGAACAGAGGCAAGUAGCGAGAACGAAAGCCACAACUGGAAUUGUCCCUCAGUAUAACGAUAUGAGCAAUACCCUGAGAAAUCUUUUCAGGCGACUGAGUUCGGAACUAAUGACUGAAACGGUUGAAGACCAACUACUAGUGAUGAAACCGCAUUUGAUUAAGAUAAAUAAAUACCGAAAUUCCAUGGAGGCGAAACAGGGAGCUUCGAAGAUCGUGGAUGGAAAGCUGGAACUUAGCAUGGUGAAAGGCAAAAUAAUUCCUUAUAGCAUAGGUCUUUUAUCAGACAUAAAAGGAGAUUUAGGACUUGCUACUUUCAAAAAGCUGGACCGCAGGACUUUGGAUAAUUCAGCGAGUUACGCUUCAAUGAAUCAAGAAUGGAGGACAAUGUUUGCUACUCAAGACAAUCAGACGGUGGUUAAACUUUCGGAUAUGACGGGAAGUACGGGCAGUCCGAGUCAUAGCAGUCAUGCAGGUGAUAUUCAUUUAUCUUCGCAGCACAGUUUGUCGGACAUGCAAAGUAUCAAUGAUCAUUCUCUUCAUGAAAGGUCUUACAUACAAUAUUUCGCAGGUAAAUUCGCUCCGUGUCGUCUUGAAUUGAAGGAACUUAUGUACAGAAAACAAAACCAACAUGCUGCUGCUCUCAGGGCUCGACAUUGGGCAGAUAAUAUAGCCUGGCAAAAUGGAUCGAGAUUACUUCCUAACGGAUGGAGGCCACGUGGAGUUCUCGUGGCGCAUCUUCACGAGCACAGAGCAGCAGUAAAUCGUUUAGUAUCAAUUCAAGACACUAGUUUGUUUGGAAGUAGUGCGGCUGACGGAUGCGUCAGGAUUUGGGAUGCAAGCAAAAUGGAAGGGAGAAAUAUAGCUAAUCGAUCCAGACAAACGUAUGUUCAUCGAGGAGGCCCAUUAGUUGGUCUUACAGUUUGUGAACAAGGACAAUCUUUAGCAAGCACUGCUUCUCAGUCUGGCACGGUUUUUGUGCUUCGAAUCGAAGCUAAUUCGAGUAAAAUGAGUGUUACUCAUACACGCCAACUAGAUCUCCAGGAAGAAGGCUGUGCUGUUGAUAUUCAGUACCUGGACUCUGGUUCGCAAUCAGUUUUAGUUUACGCAUCUCUUUAUGGUUCUCUAGUCGGCUGGGAUUUGCGUUGUCCGGGAACAGUCUGGCGUCUUGAAAACGAUUUAAAGCACGGCGUCAUUACCUCAUUUUGCGUAAACAAUCAUCAACAGUGGCUAACGCUCGGAACGAGCUCUGGAGCUCACAUUUGUUGGGAUCUGAGAUUCCAGUUGCCGAUUAGCAGCAUAAAACACCCCACAGCUGCCCGAGUUAGGAAAGUUAUCACACAUCCAACCGAAAAUUCGUGGAUCAUCUCUGCUGUGCAAGGAAACAAUGAAAUAUCUAUGUGGAACCUAGAAACGGGUUUUCGUCAAAUGGUUCUCUGGGCAUCAAGUGCUCCACCUUUGAGUCAUUUCCAUGGCGGGCAUAGUGUUUGUGCCAUGCACUCAGGAUGUAUAGACCGUUCAGGCUUUUUAUUAGCUAGUGGUACCGAUAUGAGAUUAAGAUUUUGGAAUUUGAACGCUCCCAACGAAUCUUAUGUUGCCUUGCCAGCUGCAAACGAUGUUAUUCCUCCAAAUUCGCUAGCUUAUGAACAAAGAUUGAUCGAUGGAACAAAUGUGGUGCAAGAAGUGUUGGCUGGGGGUGGACCUCUGCCUUCCACUGGCGGAAGUAGCAUGAGGGGAAGAAGUCCCGAAGAAGGAGGUCAGGGUCCAGAAACUCCACCCUCAGGUCACCACGACACCAUUUCAGCAGUGGCCAUGUCGAACACCUGCAUUCUCACUGGCAGUACAGACGGACUGAUUCAAGUUUGGAAGUGAUUCCUAUUCCAUUUAUAUAAUUUUUUUUUAACGAAGAGAGUACUUACAAUGUAGCUAAUGUACGUAUUCAUUAUUUAUUUCUACAAAUGCGCUCUAAAGUCUUCCUUAAAUUACGUAGGGCUUUUUAAGUGCUGAUGCUGUGAUUAUGAACUGUAAAUAUUAAGAUACAUACCUAAGAGUGUCGACUUUGUUGGGCAGCAAUGAAAGUGAUUUCAGAGCCGGUUCUGCCGCCAAAUAAUUGUUGUUAGGUUAGAAAAACAGUGUAAGUUAUUCACUGCAAUAUUAUAAUUAGAUUUUUACUUAUUAAAGAGGUUUUAAAAUUUGAAAUUUGAAUAAGUUGUGAAAAAUUUAUUUUUCUCUUCGACUCUGAACAGAUUUCAUCAUGGCGAUUUGACGAAAAAGAUAGAUUAUAUUUAAUUAAGCAUCGAAUAAAUAGGCUUAUGGAGUGUGUAGCUAUUUUAAUAAGAAAAUAUACUUAGGUUUGAUGAAACGAUAGCCUCUUUGUCGUGUAAAGUAGGUUUGAUUUGCGUACAUUAUUUGUACAAGUAUGUAAAUAAUAUACAAUAGUAGUCUCUAGUGUCAUCUCAUAAUAAUAUAUAUAAUUACAUAUAUUUAAAAUCGUUUAAACUGCAGUACUCUCACAUGACGACUGAUAAUAAUAUACUCAUAAGCGAUAGCAGAAAACAGUCAUCCUCUGUACAAAGUUGUUACAAUAAAUCAUUAUUUUUAGAAAAAA